UCCUCCAAUUCCACCUCCUCCGCUCGCCGUCGCGCCGCGCGCGCUCCGCCUCCUCCUAAUUUGGGCGACCUCUCCGGCGUCUCCGCUCCCCUCCCCUCCAAUGGCCUCCACGCCCCCUCCAUCUCCACCCACCCCACCAAUGCGGCAACCCCAAAUCCCUCGCCACCAGGAGCUAGCAUCGUCGUCGUCGUCCGCCCCGCAAUGCAGCCCGCGAGUCCGGUCUCCGGUGACGCGGGCCCCGUGGCGGAGGCGGUACCUCCACGCGGUGCCCCCCAGGUCCUCGUGCGCCGGCGUUCCGUGCCCUUCUCCCCCGACUCUCCGCUCGCCCCCGGCAGCCGCGGGGGCGGCGAGAGGAGGUCCACGUUCCGGGAGGACGUCAGCCAUGCCGCCGCCGAGACGUACCUCGUCACGCGCCUCGCCUUCAUCCUCCUCCGAUACCUCGGGGUAGGCUACCGGUGGAUUUCUCAGCUCGCUGCCCUCAUAAUAUAUGCAAUUUUACUUAUGCCCGGUUUCAUAAGAGUUGGGUAUUAUUAUUUCUUUUCAAGACAAGUUUUGAGGAGCGUGAUCUAUGGGGAUCAACCAAGAAAUAGGUUGGAUCUUUACAUACCAAGAGACCCCAAAAAACCCAGUCCAGUUGUUGCAUUUGUUACUGGUGGUGCAUGGAUCAUUGGUUACAAGGCGUGGGGUGCUCUUCUUGGAAGGAGGUUAGCAGAGCGAGGAAUUAUAGUUGCAUGCAUUGAUUACAGGAAUUUUCCUCAAGGAACAAUAAGUGACAUGGUUAGCGAUGCUUCUGAUGGGAUUUCAUUUGUUUGUGAGACUGUUGGUGCCUAUGGAGGAGAUCCUAAUCAGAUAUACUUAAUGGGUCAAUCAGCAGGAGCACAUAUCGCAGCAUGCGCUCUUUUGGAACAAGCGGCUAAAGAAUCUAGGGGAGAGCAGAUUUCAUGGAGUGUUACUCAAAUAAAAGCAUACUUUGGUUUGUCUGGAGGAUACAACAUUGAAAAUUUGGUUGAUCAUUUCCAUGAACGUGGUCUUUACCGUUCAAUAUUUCUCAGCAUAAUGGAGGGAAAGAAAUCAUUGCCACAUUUCUCUCCAGAAACUGUUGCCAAGAAAUUAUGUCCUGAAACAAUAGCUCUUCUUCCUCAGAUUGUGCUUUUGCAUGGAACGGAUGAUUAUUCUAUACCAUUUUCUGCUAGUGAAACUUUUGCGGGUGUCCUUAAACAAGCUGGUGCUAAAGCCAAGUUACUACUCUAUGAAGGGAAAACACAUACUGAUGUAUUUUUACAGGAUCCACUAAGGGGUGGCAGGGACAAACUGGUUGAAGACGUUAUUUCUGUUAUCCAUGCUGAUGAUGCAGAUGCACGUGAGAAGGAUGCAUUGGCACCUAUCCCAGGCCGGCUGGUUUCUGAGUGGCAAAUAAAGCUGGCACACCGAAUUAGUCCCUUCUGAAGAGGUAUCAGUUGUUUACCUUUUUUUCACAGAAGUUGUUUAACGUAUUUGAUCUGCCGUGCAGUCAAAUAAAUUUCUUCGUUUAGCUUUGGUGCUCACGGGCAUCUUAUUAUUGAUCUUGCAUCCUAAUGUGAUAGUAUCUACUUGUGAUAGGGCUGCAUACGGAUAGGUUCCAGGCCACAUUGACCUGUUGCUAAAUGUGCAUGCACAAUUAAGCUGCGCUUCAGAAGAUUUGUUAAUGCUGAACCGGACAAACUAGGUUUGAACAAUGAACAUGCCUUUGGAACACGUUGAAAAUUCCUUUCCCCCUCCCUCGUCUCUCCUGAGCCCUGAGCUGCGCCUGCGAGCUGUGGAGCAGGGUUUACAUUACCAGCACGGUUACCGGUCUUAUCCCAGGAUACGGUAGUAGAAAAACCACGAUAACCUUCUUAAAUUCAAAUAAACUUAAAAAAUAAUUUGAAUUUUUGAUGAA